AACGCACCAGUUGCAUGCGACACUUGCUGCUCAACGGAAGGUCCCGUUGGCCGCCAUCAGACCUGUGGCUCUCGUGGCGUUUCUCGUGACUGAGUGCUUGCCGGCUCCGUAGUGCCCACCGUAUCUUAUCUUAGUGUUUGGUGUGACGGGAGUGUCACAGUGCUGUGUCGUGUGUCGCAACCGUUUCUGGUCACGCUCGAAAUGAUAAAUUGAUUCAGUGUUUGCGCUAGUGUCACCCCUACCUUGCCAGCAACCAGUGCUAAACGCGUGACGUGUGUAAUGAGAUAUUAAAGCGUACACUAAUGAGCAGUGUAAGCUCCGCAGUAAAUUGAUCGGCGAUUUGUUAGUGAACCAGUUAAGUCCAAGUCUUCGUAUAACUAUAUCAUUCAUAAAUCAUAGCGCGCGAGUCUUUAUGCAAGUGUGCGAUGUGUGCCGAGACAACUGGUCCUGAAGCGAGUGUGCGUGUGUGCGCGUGAUGCAGUAGUUUGCCAGCUGUCGACUGCCACCAUUGCACGGAUGACAGACCACUUAAAGUAUAUAUGUGGUAGCAGUUUCAACGCUACCGGUAGCCUUAUCACUUUAAAAUGACAUUUUAAUGGAGGCUUUUAGCAAAAGCUUCAAUCUACUCCUGAUGCUCUACACGGUGCUGCACGUGGGCAAGGUUUCCGCCUCACCAGAACUUUACGGACUAACAGUUACGCCGGUGCGCAGCGGCCAGCAGGUAAAGCUGCACGUUUGGUGGAACUCCACGCUGCCGAUCGGUACCGGGUACGUCGUUACCGCAACGCAUGUCGAUUCCGAAAAAUGCACCCUCAAGGAUAGUCCCUUUGAAAAUAAUAAGCACAUUAAAUGUGCUCCCGUCUCAUCGAGCACGGAAAAUUCCACCGAAGUUGUAAUACCGGCCGACGACAGCGGGUACGUUAAGCAUGCCUGCCCGAUCCAGCUGCACUGUACCUACUCGUUAGUGGUCGAGACGAUGAGUUUGUCCGACCGAAUAACGCACCUCGUACAGGUGCCGGACUGUGUGGAUGGUUUAUGUUCCUGCCACUACGCCGACCACUUGCCGGUGCCCGUUAACACAUUCGCCACUAUCAACAAAACUAGUGGCCAGCUGAUCGUUAGCUGGGCGCUUAGUGCGUUCGACGAAGCGGAGCUGCCGGAGAACGUUACGCUUAAAGCGAUCUACGUCGGUGUGCGGCGCGGAACGAAUAACGAUCUCGGCUGGGGCGGACAACAUUCCAGCAUGAAAGAGCUAACCCUUCCCAUGGACGCCAGUGGGCACAGCUUCGAUAUCGAAGAGUUUGCCGGAAGCAAGUUUAUCUUCGUCGUUCAGCUGAAAGUAAUAGAUAGCAGAGGUUGCGACCGAGCCGCUGCCCCACUGCGUGUGUCACUGCCCGAUUCGGAACAGCCGCUGCCCAAUGCUGCAACGGUGGGAUUUAAAGCUACCACCACCUGCACGAAUGAUACCAGCUGCGAUUGCGAUCGCUUGAUUAGCUUCCCCGAUUUCCUGCUAGCUGCACGGCUCGAAGGGUCCGAAAUAGUGGUAACAUGGCGCCCAUUAAAACCCGUUACCUGGCACCGGACAUCGUUAUCGGACAUGGUUGGACUGUCACUAGCGAUCCGCGCCGAGCGAAGCGGCGAGCUGCUGUGCUCCGUCACCGUGGAUCCCACCACCAGCACUACCCACACAUUCGCUGUAGAUCAAUUCGCACCGAAUCAUGGCACCAGCUUUCUGCUAGCAGCUUCCUUCAUUGACGCCACCAAUCAUUGCGAGCGAACAAUGCCCACGUACAAGUUUCAAACCCAUCCGCCCGCGAGGUCUAUCUUGCUGCCAACACUUUUCGUCCUGCUUGCAGUAGUCAUUACGGUAGUCGUUGCUAGUUGUUUAUUUAUUUACUACAAACGGCGGACAAAGUUUCGAUGGAAGGCUAAUAAUUGGCGAGGCGUUUAUGUGGGCUCCAGUGGUGAUCAUCAUCCGCAGGGGACAAUGGAAGAAAAUAGAUUGUACAUAGAUAUGGAAAUUUUGAACGCCCGUGCACGUGGCGACGCGGAUUAUUUGGAGGUACCACACGCCUGCCUGCGGAUAGGGCGUGAAAUUGGCAAGGGCGCGUUCGGGCGCGUAUUCAUGGCUAGCGCCGUAAAGUUACCGGGCCUAAAUGGACCUAAAAUUGUUGCCAUCAAGCAGUUAAAAAAAUGUUCGUCGAGCGAUGAGUUUGAUGAGUUUUUGGACGAAAUUGCAAUGAUGAAAAAGGUGGGCAAGCAUCCCAAUAUCGUGGCGCUGCUCGGUUGCUGCACCAUCAAAGAACCGCUUACGAUGAUAAUGGAGUACGUUGGCUGUGGCGAUCUGCUGGAGUAUCUACGGAAAAUUCGUGCCAAACAUUUGGCCAAAGUGCAUCAGCUGGAGGUGAGCGCACAGCUGGAGAAUGCCAACUCGGCCCAGACGGCAGCAGCACCAGCAAACAGCACCAUAUUCGGCCCGAUGGUGAAAUACCUGGACCUGUUACACACGUCCAGCUCCACCUCGGACGCAUCCUACAUAACGCAGACGGAAACCGCCACCCGGCCAUCGGUUACGGAAACGACCUACACCAUCCUGAGCGGUACGAUGGGCGAGGACGACAACAGCUCGGCGCUCGGCAGCUGCUCGCUCGAGUAUGUGCUCGAUCACAAGGAGUUGCAUAAUUUUGCGAAACAAAUUGCCUGCGGUAUGGAGCGCUUGGAGGAGCUGCAAAUCACCCACCGUGAUUUGGCCGCGCGUAACAUUCUGAUCGACGAACGGAAAACGCUAAAGAUAUCGGAUUUCGGUUUGUCCCGCACCGGGAUCUACGUCAACACCAGGAACAAAAAGGUUCCGUUGCGUUGGCUGUCUAUCGAGGCGAUGCGUGAUAAUCUGUACUCGAACAAGAGUGACGUCUGGGCGUUCGGAAUCGUGCUCUGGGAGAUAGGCACACUAGGUGGCUACCCGUACCCUUCCGUGAGCAACCACGAACUGUUCGGCUUCCUGCAGGAAGGUAAGCGACUGGAGCGCCCGGAAAACUGUACCGUCGAGGUGUACGAUCUUAUGCUGCAGUGCUGGCGGGAAGACCCGAACGAGCGGCCCUCCUUCAACCAGAUAUCGAAGCACCUGCAGCCGCACAAAAAAAUAUACAUUGAUUUCAGUGAAAUCGAACCAACGUACGUGUUUCCACCGACCAGCGAUCAAAUACGAUUGGCCAUUGCGAACAAUAAAUGAAACUUCUUUCCCACCAUCGAUCGACCGCAGUGGCAACGUCUUGUGCAACUGCACCGUGUGAGCGUGUGUCUGCGUGUGUAUGUGUGUUUAUGUAUGUGUGUGUGGGUGUGUAUGUAUGGGUGUGAUGUUUUGCUGUCCUUUCUUGUUCUGCGUGUGUUGAUCGCCUGUGUCACUUCUAACUGACGGCGCAUUGCCCAAACCGCACCACAUUGCAUCCAUAACGAGGAGUGUGGUCUGGAUGUGUCUCCCCACCUUUGGAACUGAACUUAUUAUAUACACAUACAAUUGUAGCUGUUUAGAUGUACAUCCCUACGCCCCCUUCCCCCCAAACCCACCUCACCCCUUCGAGCUUACUUCCCGUCGAACGGAAGACGAGUUACAUUGUUUGUCUCGUCGGACCGAGCAAUGUUGCCACCAUUCCACCGUAAGGGCACUUUUGCUAUCUUCAUAUAUAGUUAACUAUCAUAUUUUAACAGAGCGAAACGCGAUUGAAAUGUAUGACCUGUUGUUAGUGUGUACGCCGCCGCCGGCCGCAAAUGUUUCAAACCGUUGCGAAAGCUUAAAAAAAAGAAAACACAUCAUGACUGUGAUAGAAGUAAUACGAAAUGUUACACACCUUAUGUACAGGACUGUUGUUAGGCGUGCAGAAAGGGCGGCAAUGCUUACUCUAUUCUUGUCGCCUUCUUUGGGAGCUGUAACCGAAGACGGUUUCUCUGUCUUUACGUACAUUUUUAGGCUACAAGUUAAGUUAGUUAAAUUCUAUCCCUACCAGUGCCCGCAGAUCGUUGCUGUUAAGCUAAGCUACCGUUAAAGGUCAAAACCAAACCAAAAAAAAAGGUUGGGAAACGGAAGUGUGCUAUACCUUUGUGGUGGUAUAAGGAAUAGGUAUACUAAAUAAUUGAUUGUAGUAAAUAUUAUUUAAUUUAAUCUAUGCUGAUACCAAGUUCUAUAGCCGCUCUCUGCAAUUCCAAGCAGCACCAAUGCCAAUUAAUUCAAUUUCUUGUUUUAAAAAAAAAAAAACAUAUUGGUGGAAGUGCACUAGCGAGCUCAUAAGAAGUACAGUGCGUAACAGAAUAAUAUGCGCACCAUUAUUUUUAUAGAACAACCUGAAAAGUUGAAGGCCCGGUAAAAAUGACGUUCUGCAAAGUUGUAGGGAAUUAAAAAGUACGUUUCUUAAUGUAUGUUGCAUUCUGUACGUCUGUACGCAUCGUUAGAUCGAACAUGGGCGCGGUCUUCACACGGCAGGACUGGGGUUCAAACCCUGUACCAGACCACCUUUCCUACUCAAUCCAGAACUGACUGUCCAGUAAUAAAGGGGUAAAAUCAAGUCACAAAAAGUCAGAAAUGGCAGGCCCAAGCCAUCUCGAGGUUGUAGUGCCAAGGAAAAAUGGGAAAAUGGGUGUUGUUCAUGUUUUUGUGUGUUUGUGGCAAAAAAAUGUUUUAUUGAGAAUUCAUGGUUAUUUUAGGCUAAUAUGAAAGCUAAAAAAAUUGCCAUUAUAUGUAUCAACAUUAUAAUAAAACUUUAAAAAUGAAAUAGGUUGUUUUCGUUAAAAAAAAAA